AUGGAGCCCUACUCCUUCCUGCAGAGUCCGACGCCGUCCAUGGCAGAGAGGAGGUGGAACCCGGCGGUGAUCUGGGCGCCGAGAUGCCCCCGGUGCGAGUCCUCGAACACCAAGUUCUGCUACUACAACAACUACAGCCUCUCGCAACCGCGCUACUUCUGCAAGGCCUGCCGGAGGUACUGGACCGCGGGCGGCGCCCUCCGCAACGUUCCAGUUGGCGGCGCCACCCGCAGGAGGAGUAGGCCCAAGCCUCCCGCCGGCCGGCCGCACUCUCGUCCUCCGGUCCUGUCCGAGCCCGGCGGCGCCGCCACCAUGUCCUUGCCGCCGGUGGAAUGCCCAUCUGAUGGCUCCGCCUCUCCUAAGCUGGCCUUCACGAAGGCAGAGCUCGAGGUUGACCAUCCCCUCGGCAGGCCUAAUGUGGGCAGCUACGACCAAGAGACGUCAACACAAAUGAGGCAAGAACAACCUGCCGCUGGAGAGGAAUUACCCUGGCCGUCGCUGGAUGUGAUGGCGGAGGAGACCCUGCUGCUGGACGACCUCAGGCCGUACUCUGUAGACUUCUUUGGCGCGACGCCGGCGGCAGAGGAACUCGCUUACGACGAAGUAUUCUGGUCUGGUUCUCCAACAGAUGAAGAUUGUUGUCCCUGA